AUGGACACACGGCGACGCGCGCGACGCGUUCGGGACAACGAUCUCGGUCACCUCAUUUCUCGCGUGUACUCGUCUCCUCAUCGCUCGCUCGCGUCGAUGUGCUCGCGCGUGGCGUGGGCGCUUCUCGUCUCGCUCGCGCUCGCGAGUCGAACCGUCGCGGCGGCGAGCGGGGCGUGCGCGCGAGCGCCCCCGGGCGUCCUCGACCGGGAUUUUCUCCGAACCGCGGAAUCUCUCGGGAUAUUCAACGUGUGUCCGAUCGAUAGUCGAAGUGGGCGCGCGAGUUCUGAGCCGUGCGAGAGCGAGGUGCUCGCGUUCGCGUGCGGACUCGAAUCGUCGUGCGCGUGGUCCGGGCCGCCGACGCGCGCGGAUGCUUUCGAACGAUGCGUGUUCCCAUUGUGUGCAUCCGACGUGUGCGCGAACGGUGGUUCGACCGAGUUCGCUCGCACAUUUUGUUCCUCGGCGUGCCUCGUGGAUGACUCCAAGGCUCGAUUCGAGAGCUUUGGCGGCGCCUGGGCGACGUCGGCGUUCAAUCCACUGAACAUCGGCGCCGCGCUGAGCGGCUUUGCGUCCGCGUACCCGAACGCGGCGUCGAUGAUUCGGAUAUUUUCCCAAGUUCAGACGACCAUCAUGAUCAUCCGAGCGAUUUUCGAAGCUGUGCAAGGCACCGGCGGCGGCUCGACGUUCGGCGGCUCGACGCCCGGAUCGACGAUUUACUACCCCACGCCCACGCCAGCGCCCACGCCCACGCCAGCGCCCACGCCAGCGCCCACGCCGUCACCGUCACCGAUGCCGUCACCGUCACCGACCGCAACGUGUGGAUCCGCACUGAAUACGUGCUCGAACUCCUGCGGCCUUUGUAUAUACCCAGACGCCACGUCUCAGGAGCCGACGUGCUGCUGCGACGACACGUGCUCAGCAUACGGCGACUGCUGUGGCGACGCGAUGGGAUGUUGCCCAAAUCUCGGCAAAUCCACGACUCGUAAUGUCCGCGCUCGUUCAAGACCCACGGCGCGAUCCAGAGCGAGCGGGUGA